CCCCCUCGUCUCAAGGAAAGUUCCUCUCAAAUAUAAGAGAUGACGACGAGAAAAUUUCAGUCAUACCGAGCAGUCAUGAAUUCCUUCAUCAUCUCCAUCUCCAUCUGCGCGUUCACCGCGAAUUUCCCUGGAGCAUUCGCUCAAAACGAAUACAAAAAUUGCCCUGGACCCUUGAAAUUCUACCAAGACCUGGGGUGCACUCCAGUCUACGAAUCGCCAACCGAUAAAUGCCCGAACCGAUUCAAUUGCAGGAGUAUCGAUAACCGAUUGGCAGAUAAAUGUUAUCUGGGGGGUAAGGAAUAUAAUCCUCAGGAGGAACUACCCGAGGACGAUAAAAAUGCAUGUGAUCGCUGCACUUGUAUGAAAAAGGAAAAUUUUUCAGGUUUUACUUGUGCAAUUGUCGAUUGUUAUCGUCCGAAUUUACAAUCAGGGUGCUAUCAACAGCGUAAUGCAACCCAGUGCUGUCCUGGGUUUUCUGUCAUAUGUCCCACGAACCCGGCGGACGUACCCACGUGUCAGGUUGAUGGAAAAAUCUACAAGGAUGGAGAAUACUUCGAGCCCUCGUCGGAGCCCGACAAAAGGUGCUUCUGUGGUCCCAAUUAUAAGGGUAAAAAUAUCGCGCCGUUUUGUAUUGUGAAACCGAAAAGCGAGUGCAGGACUGAAGUGAGGUACAGUAGACAGGUUUAUUCAAGGUGUGCUCCUGUGUACGAGGCUGAUCAAUCCCCCCAGACCUCCUGCACUCUGAAAUUCAGAUGUCAGACUCAGAGUGAUAGAGUCAUUCAGAUCGAUGGGCCCAAGGCUCAGGGGCCCACCUGUAGGUUUGGCGACCUGGUGAUGAACUAUGGGGAUGAGCUGAACAUGGGGGAUGCCGUCAAUUCAAAAUGUGUCAAGUGCCGGUGCGAGGUGUCACCUACACCCACAUGUCAACGUCUUCCCCGAGAUAAAUGUCAGUGAUAAUUACAUAAAAAUUAAUAACAACCUAUUGCAUUUUAUUGAUUGAUUAUGAUCUGUUAAUUGAGCUUGGAAUAAAA